AGAUUCCCGUCUCCCUUCUCAUUCCAGCCUCGUCUCGUCGCCGUCUACGCCUCUCUCUCUCUCUCUCUCCCUCUCUCUUGCUCUCCCUCAUCUCAUUGUUCCAGAGUAGGCCAAAUCCGAAGUCCUUCCCAGGGAGUGGCUCUGUUCGUCUUGUCCUCCAGCCAAAGUGGGAACAGUGUGAGGAGGAGAGAGACACGGCAGCAGCCCGCGGCUCGGGGAAGAGAAGAGCACCACGGAGACAUGCUGCUCGUGGGACCCAAGGCGCUGCUGCUCCUCACCGCGCUGGUCGUGCCCUCUGACUGGACACCCCUGGGGGUCCGCGGUCAGCGAGGAGAUGAUGUGACUCGAACGACUCCAGAAACAUUCACAGAUGACCCUAAUCUGGUGAAUGAUCCCUCUACAGAUGAAACAGUUCUAGCUGACGUUGGGUCUCCCGCAGAGGAUCUGGCCUCACCCAGUGAUAAAAAUGCCACGGCAGAGUGCCGGGAUGAGAAAUUCGCUUGCACGAGACUCUACUCUGUGCAUCGGCCAGUCAGGCAAUGCAUUCAUCAGCUGUGCUUCACCAGUUUACGACGGAUGUACAUUGUCAACAAAGAGGUCUGCUCCCGGCUCGUCUGUAAGGAGCAUGAAGUAAUGAAAGAUGAACUUUGCCGCCAGAUGGCCGGUCUGCCCCCGAGGCGACUCCGACGCUCCAACUACUUCCGACUCCCACCCUGUGAAGAUGUGGAUGUGCAGAGACCCAUUGGUCUGUGACCAACAGGGAGGGAGGGAGACAGAAUGUGUGCGUGAGAGGGAAGGGCGUCCCUUCUUCUCCAGCCAUCGCCAGCCAACCCAUAGACAGGAGUUAUUUCUUAGACCUGUCCUUUGGGUUGUCCGACUUUUUGCCCUUACUCCCUAAUUUUCCAUCCAGACUGGUAACAUGUAUCUCAUUUUUAAGUACUUAAAAUACAAAGUCUAUAUUAUUGCAUGUCUUUGCUGUUCCCAAUAAACUAGAUGUAAUGGAUAAAUGA